AUGGGUUCGACCUGUGCCGUCAGCAUCAGCGAGAAGCUGCAGGUCCUGCAGGCGUCGGGGAAGCCACCCGAGGCUGAGACUCCGCAGCAGACGCUUCAGCUUCGGCAGCUGCAUGAGGCGUGCCGCCGGGGAGAUGCGGUCGCUGCCAGACGGAGCUUGGAGCAGGGCGCGCCCGCCACUGGCCGCGACGAGACUGGCUGGGCUCCGCUGCACUACAGCCGUGAAGUGGUCGUCAUCGACCCGGCCUCGCUGGCCGAGUCGGCGGACGUCGCUGGUGAGGUUGCAGGUCUAGUUGCCACCAAGCUGGACGUCUCGCCUUUCACUGUGCGGCUGGUGGCAGCGGAUGGCGUGGUCUGGGAGCCUACAGCCCCUGUCCACGGCCCGCUGGAUCUUCAGCUGGUGCACCUGCCACUGGUGUCCGACUACAGCGAGGACCUGAAGAAGGCGACCCUUGAUGGUAACCACCUCGCUGUCCUGGAGAUCCUGAGUGGUCGUACCGUUCCGGUGCCUUGGGACGAGGAGCUGAGCGUGAAGAGGUUGAAAGCCUUGGCGGAGCAGGCGGAUGGGUCAGUGCUGAGGUGGGGAGACUCCCUGAAAGAUGCCGGUCUCCAGGUACUCUACGCAACAGUGUCCUAUCCGCGGCUCCUGUCGGCCCGGCACUUCCCUGGCUUCCUCCUCAUGUGUCCGGACGGGACAGCGCAGGGAGUCGGCGCAUCCUACUGCUUUGGGGAGUUCGCUGCGGUCAGGGACCAGAUACAUCACGUGGAGGACGUUUGCUUCACGACGGGGGCCUGUGCUGUGCUAAGAUCGGACGGGAUCACAUGGGGAGGGCGGGAUGUUGGAGGCUGCGGCCCGGCGGACCUGGCGAGCGUGACGCAGAUCUGCUCCACCUUUGGCGCGGUUGCGGCUCUGCGAGCUGAUGGAAGUGUGGUGGCCUGGGGAAAUCCGGAUGAUGGUGGAGAUUGUAGCCAAGUUCGGGCACAGCUCCAAGGAGUAGACCGACUCUAUAGCUCAGGGCAGUCUUUUGCAGCCGUGCGCCAGGACGGCUCGGUGGUCACUUGGGGUGAUUGCUCGGGCUGUGGGAGCGGUGACAGCAGCGACGUCCAAGACCAGCUGAAAGAUCCGAUCGCGAUGACUGGAAACUGCGGUGCUUUCGCAGCGCUGCUAGGCGAUGGCAGCAUUGUUUGUUGGGGUGAUCCUGCUUCUGGCGGGGACUGCUCGCAGGUGCGGCCGCUGCUGGCGACUGUCACGGCCCUCUACAGCAACGACCUGGCUUUUGCCGCUGUGCGCGCAGAUGGCCGCGUGGUAACUUGGGGCGGCCCCAAAAGUGGGGGCGCAAGCGGUAUUGUCCAGGCUAGGCUUCGGAAUGUGAGAGAUGUAAAGGCUUCGGAUGAAGCUUUCGCGGCCCUCCUCGAAGAUGGCACGGUGGUGACCUGGGGAUAUCGAAAGGACGGUGGCGACUGCCGCCCAGUCCAAGACCAGCUGCAAGGUAUCCGAGAGCUCUGUGCUUCAUCGAAUGCCUUCGCAGCUCUCAGGCAAGAUGGCUGCGUCGUGACCUGGGGCAAGAUGCAGAUGCCCAUCAUCGCCGACGUACAGAGUUUAUGGGGCGCUCUUGGCCGCUUUGCGGUCGUCCUGUCCGACGGCCGUGUAGUGGUUGGUUGCCAAACAUCAGCUUCUCAGUUCGAGUAUGCCCGUGAUGCGCCUAUUGCUGUUCUGAUGUGGGUGGCCUGCGAAAAUCGGGGACUCGUGGACACGGUUCUCAAUGUGCUUGCGUUUGUGCUUGCUUCUUUCCUCGGCCACGUGCCGGUGGCAGCUCUCAUCGUUGUCAACGUUUCAAUAGAAAUGCGUGCUUGA